CUUUUCGAAGAAUUCAUGGCGACUUUCGUUUGCAAAAUAUUUCAGGAAUGAAUCACUUAUAGUGGCUGUUGCUAGGGGGUGGUGGUGUCAAGAAGGGAUUUCGUUGUACGAUGAUUUGCAAGGAAGAAUUAUGUGAAUUGUUUAAGAAUCUUAGCCCUUAUAAGAGGAUCGAUUACAUGUGUAGUCUGCUACAUAUGUGCCUCCCACUGGAAGUGCGAUUUAUCGGGUCGGUUCUAGAAGAAUAUGGCCGGAAAGACUAUUAUUACCUCCGAGAUGCUGAAAUAAAAGCAAACACGCCCCAUGAAGUGUCAAGACUUACUGAGUUGGGGGAGAACGCAAUAUAUGCAGGAUUAAAUGUGUAUUUAUGUCUCUUGCAUUCUUCAAAUUUCCCUUGUUCCAAAUUGAUUUUUGAAAUUCUUGACACCUGUUUACGACGAGCAUUUGACUUUUCCAAGUCUUCAAAUCCAAAAGAGCAUGAGAAACUUCUCUUGGCUUUAUCACUUGCAGUACACCAUCCUGCUUUCUCUUUUUAUCAAAAGACUAUACUGUAUGACUAUUAUGCCAAACUGGAAUUGCAGAUCAGGGAAUUGGAUACGCAUGCCAAGCCUGAUAAUGACAACACCAAUUUCAAUGAGGACUCCGCUCAUGUCGGCCCAAAGGAACCAGUCGCAACUAAUAAAGUUGUUAUUAGCGACCUAGACAUAAGAGACAUUAAGAAGCGUUCAGAGAGGAAGGCCGAAUUCAAAAUUCAAGUUACCUGGUCAAAUAAUGAGCAAUUUGAAAUAACCAAAACAUCACGAGAACUGAUGGAUUUUCAAAUAAAGCUCAAGAAGUUGUUUCCAAAUGAGGUAGAUGUGCGUGGCUGGAAAAUUCCAUAUCUGCAUGGCAACACUUACCAAACAUAUCGGGAUGAGAGGGAGAAUCCAAUGUACACAUUACAACAGUAUUUUAGUCACAUCAUUGACCUACCUCAGCGUGUAUUAGAGUCUGAUCUUGUGACACAGUUCUUCGGGGCAGGCCACUCUGUAAAAGUGGUGGAGAAAAUGGCAGUUAAUUCCCCACAGAUGAUUUCCCAUCCACGUCUUGAAUCGCCUCCAGAGCCAACUAUUGGAACAUAUCCAUUGAAGUCAAUGAUAGUGUCCAACUCACAAUUCUCAGACUUGCCGCCAGAUGAGUCUGGUAGUGAGCUUCCCAAGUGCAACAAUCAACGUACUUGUGUGUCCACUACAGCAGAAUCCCAGCACUGGUCGAACAGACAAGAUCAAAACAGACACAUGUGUUCGAAACACGGGUUGACGACAACACAGCACCGAUCGCCUGCGUACUCACCGAUGUCGUCAUCAACCGACUCCCCGUCUAGCAGUCGACCGUGCUCGCCUGUGUCACACAACUCGGUUGCCUCGGUGACACAGCUCCUUAAACUCCUCAACCUCGACAAGUACUCAAGCACUCUGAGCAAAUACACUGUUGAACAGUUGGCAUCUCUAACACAAGAGGAGUUGAGUGCGGAAGGACUUCCCAUGGAUUGUCAACAACUGCUACAGUCCAAGCUGGAAAACAUCACCAGAAAUAAACCCUUUGGUUCCAAAAAUGGAAUAGUUGAACUGUGUCAGCCUGGAAGAGUGCUCUCCCCUCCAGCAAACAUGAUGUGGCAUCCAUUGCCACCGAACCUGCAGUAUCACCAGCUGGCAUCCCCGGGGAUGCAGUGUCAGGUGGUUUACAUUACCUCCCCUUCCGUGUCCUCUCCGGGCUCCGAGAUGGGUGGUAACAGCAUGCUGCCUGGGUCUGGGCCUCUGUCUGACCUGGCCAGUCAGGACCUGUCCUCGGAGUGCUCCAGCACCCCUCCUAGUCCAAGUCAGUGCACAACCAAACAACGCGGCAAUGGUGAUAGCUCUGGCUCAGACGAUAGUGAGAAGGAAAAAUGUGAUCAAGAAGAGAAUGAUUUCAGAAGGAAGGAUUUACCACCAGGCCAGUCGAUUUUCAGUCAUGGGGUGAUGCGACCUGAGGAAGUGACCCCUCCAACUCACCCUGCAUUGUUUGUGGAAGCGAAACCAGAAUUCUCCCAGCUCCUACCUGGACAGAAUGGUUAUCAGUCAGAUUCUGCUCCUGCUCCCGUCAUGUCCACUGGCUACCCACCGGCUCGGCCUGCUUACAUUGCCAUGAGGCCCUACAAAAUCCCACAGCCCACACAUGCACACACAGGCCUUCCAAUGAAGAAUGUUAUGAAUAUGCCACAAGAAGGAGGCCCGAUGAAACCACCCACCCAGACCAUGCUCCCCCAAAUGAUGUACCCUGUCCAACAAGUGCGUUCCGAGUACCCGACAAACAUUAUUCCUGUGAGUGUGAACAACAGCACAGGCAAGAGUGCGGCAGACGGCUUGCACAGGUCACAGACAUUCAUGAUGGGUCACCCGCUGAAGGGCAGCAGUGGCGGUGUGAGCUGGUCGGGUAGUUCCGGGGCCGGCAGCAACACCACCACGUCCACCUGCACCGUGCAGUCAGCAUACCACUCGCGGCACUCACCAGGGCCAGCUCCAGUCCCAGCCAAUCCAAACGGUGGGGGGUUGAUGCUUCCUGCCCCGUCGGUCAGUCCGCCAGACUCGGGAGUUCAGGCUGGAGCGUCAGGGAUGCCUCCUGGACUUGCAGCCAGUUCUCAGUGUGCAUCAAAUACCAGCAACACAACGAGAUCAGCGGCGUCGCAGUCGCCCAGUCCCACACAGCCACUCAACUCUUCUUCCAGCAAUACGUGCGACUCCACCUGCGGCUCGUGCGACUGCCAGAACACCUACCCGCCAACGUCGGCAUAUCCCCAGUACAAUGCAGUUCCUCCUAUCGCAUUCUGGCCCUUGCAGACUCCACCUCAUUUACUGGCCCAGGGAAAUGGAAUUAUUGCUGCACGCAUGCCACCGAAUAUGUAUGGUCAGAUUCCUUCGGCAAGCUUUCCAAAUGGGAUGAAUCCAGAAUAUAUGUUCCAGCCCCAUCCAAACUUUAAAUAUUUACCACCGGGUGUACUGCCAAUGUCUUACAUGUAUGGCUGUAGCAUGUUGCAUAAUUCGGCUAACAAACAACGAAACCAGGGAUGCUACAAUUGUGGUGCGAUGAAUCAUAAAGUCCAAGACUGCAAAGAAAAAACAAUGGAAUCUUUGUCAGGUUUCCAUCUCAACUACAAACCAAAAUCGGACUCGGACUAGCCAUACAUUUGGUUCCACAUUGGGCUGUGAUAGCCUCUGAAAACCAAAGUGUAUACGUCUUGCCACUACAAUUGUCAAAAGUGGAUUUACUAGUUUCUACUUUCAAAAAUCAGGUCAACAAAUUGCAUCCUAAGGUCAUGUAGGUCAGAUAAUUCUUUUGGAUGUGUGAAGUAACUUUCUUAUCCCAAUCUUGUCUUAGAAAAACAAAAACAAAAGUUUAGUUUCACUUGGUAUGCACCAUGAAUUCCAUAUGCUGGAAGCACUAUUUUACUGGUGUAAUAUUGGUGUAAAUGAUAAGUGCUUGUAUUUGUUUUUAAUCUAUUAGAUUGUGGUCUUUUGACUUUGGUCAAGUACAGUGGAAUGUUACAAUUUUACACAAAUUUGCUAGACUUUGAAACCUGAUUUAUUGCCGAUAUGUAGUUUUACCUAGUCAACCUGUGCGUGCCAUUUCUCAGGCUAACUGGUCGUCAAAUGUAUUCAUAUAUAUAUAUAUAUAUAUAUAUAUAUAUAUAUAUAUAUAUAUAUAUAUAUAUAUAUAUAUAUAUAUAUAUACCAUAUAUAUAUUUUAGGGUGUAUAUGUCAUAUUUUUAUGUGUAGGCGAAGUUAUGUCCCAUUUUUAAGCAUAUCGGUUGUAAAUUAAUUAGGAAGUGAAUGUGUGCUACUGCAGUAAGUCUUCAGUAAUGUUAUGCAUUAUAGAAUUUAAAAAAUAAUAAUUUAAUAACAAAACUUAAAUCUGUUAAAAUUAUGAAAGAAUAAUGUUCAAAGUUUUUAGAUAAAGAAUCGGGGAUGGGGAAGCAAAGUAACUGAAAUCAAUGUUUCUUCUCUAUAAUUCGAGAUCUGACAAAAAUGUGCUGAAGCUGGUUUAAAAUUGUACAUGAAAUGUAAAUAGGUUUUUGCUAGUAAUAACAUUUAUAAUGACUAGCUGUUGAUCUGAAUAUGUAAUUGAUAAUUAACUGUAAAUAUAUUUAUUUUUAAUAAAAAUGCUUUAAUUUGGUGCUUUGUAAAAAAACAAAACAAAUGAAUUGGAGAUCUCAUGAAGAAGAUGACUAUUUUUUUGUAUAUGUAUAUAAAUAGUUUAUUGUAUGCAAUAUUUUAACAGUGGCACAUGUUCUGUCCUGUUACUUGUUCACCUAGUAAUAAAUGCUGCUUGGAAUACAAGAAUCUUAUCUGUCAGACAUCAGUAUAUUUUCCAUUUAUUUUGUUUUGUUUGUUUUGGGUUUUUUUUUUUAAUUUAGUUUUUUUUUGGGGGGUUGGGCUUUUUUUAGUUGUCUGUAUUUGGACAAAACACCACACAUUUACUGUUCAAACAAAUUACACAUGUACGUUUAUAUCUAUAUGAGUAAAUCGGAAUUUAAAAAACGUAAUAACUAUCUCUUUUUUUCUGAACAGUCUACAAUUACAACAAUUAUAUUCUGUCUGUGAAUUGUGUCUUCCAAAUGUUUUUGUUAUGUCUGUCACAAAUCUAUGGUGGCCACUACUGUGACAUUUUUGUAUUGGAUUGCUUCAAUAUUUAACAUGGUAAAUUCUCAUCGCUUGAUUCUGAUCAUUUCAUUUCCAUGUCAGUACAUUCAUUCUUUGUUCCUUUUUUUUUUUUCAGAGUUGUAGCCCUUUGAACUGUAAUGACCUGGGGCCUAAUUCACAAAGAUCUCUUUACACAACAAAGCAUACUCUUUGCUAAUCUGUUUGCAUUGUGAAUUAGGUCCCUGAUCAUAUUUGAAUAUAACUUUGUAAUUCUCAAGUAGUCUAAUGAAGUUGAUAUGAUAUUUGAUAUGACAAGUUACAACUGGGCAGUAUUUGUAUGUUUUUAUCAUGUCUGUACAAGCUUGUCAGUUAUGUCCUUUUGGUUUGUGUACAACAGAGGUUACUUGUAGCCGGAAACCAGUGUCAUAUAUUAAAUAUAUUAUUUAUUAAUGAUUAAUGAUUGAUAUUGGCAUGGCACUUUUUCCAUUGUGGGCACAGGCCAUAGUUUACCCAUUAUACCAUCUCAACCAAUGUUGACUUGCUGUCAUCCGAUAAAGAUGACAUUUAAUUUUCAUGUUCCUUUGUCCAUUUUUUGGCAAAAUGUUUGACACCUAGUAAGCAGUGAUUAAUUAAUAAUUCUAAUUAGACACAUUUGUAACAGUAAAUCUGACUGAACCUCUACUGAAAUCUGAGGUCGUAAAUCCCAUGUUUUAUUGGCCACACAUUUUUUAAAGUCUUAACUAAGUCGCUUAAGCAAAGAGUAGGGGAGUUUUGUAAUUUUAUCAUGAAGACAGUAUUCUUAGCAUACAUAUUGUGUACAGAAUUCAUGAAAUAUUAAAUCAUUUUAUAGUCAGAAAUGGACCUAUUCAUUAAUUCAGCCUUCAUAUAUAAUAGCUGAUUAAACAUCUCUAAUUACGCAAUCUAACAAUUCAUCCACUGAAUUCUUGUUAUUGGGUUACCUAAUGACAGCUGGUCAUAUUUGUAAUGGUUAUUUUUACUAUAAGUCAGAUGAUUUGUUGCAUAAAAUUAACAUAAUUAAGUGUUCUGUUAGUAUUGUUUUUAUAUUCUUAGCAUCGAAAAAGUAUUAAAGGAAAUUGCCCAAGCCACUUGUAAACUUUUUUUCUGAGUACCAUUGUUGGUUACAGUACAUUUAAUCUGCCAUUGUUUGGAAAUAUUUUGCGGAUAUUUUUAUCGCAGUAAUCAUAUGCUAAUGAGGGUCUUUUUCUUUUCUUUUUUUUUUCCAUUUUGACUACUUUACAUGUAUCAUAUCUUUAUGCUGUAGACAGUUUGCCACGAGCAAAAUCAAGGUGAGCUAAAGAUCACUCACCUGAAAUGGAGCUAGGCAAGUUAAAGAUCACUCUCCUGAAAGGGAGCUAAGUGAGCUAAAGAUCACUCACCUGAAAUGGAGCUAGGUGAGCUAAAGAUCACUCACCUGAAAUGGAGCUAGGUGAGCUAAAGAUCACUCUUCUGAAAGGGAGCUAGUUGAGCUAAAGAUCAUUCUCCUGAAAUGGGGCUAAGUGAGCUAAAGAUCACUCGCCUGAAAUGGGGCUAAGUGAGCUAAAGAUCACUCACCUGAAAUGGGGCUAAGUAAGCUAAAGAUCACUCUCCUGAAAUGGGGCUAAGGGAGCUAAAGAUGACUCACCUGAAAUGGGGCUAAGUGAGCUAAAGAUCACUCACCUGAAAUUGGGCUAAGUGAGCUAAAGAUCACUCCUGAAAUGGAGUUGUAGUCCGUCCCAUAGGGAUCGCAUUUUUGUCAUACUAUGUAAUUCACUAUAAGUUAUUUAUUUCCGAGCAGAUUGAUUUGUAAAUUGCACACACAAAUUGUAUUUCUUUGUUAUUUUCAAAACACUGUUACUUUUUUUCUUACGUCAAACAAAACUGACAUUAUUUUCAAAAAACAUUUUAAUAGAAUGAUGGGACGGACUAUAGGUGAGCAGUCACAUAACAUUUUAAAUUUGAAAAUUUGAAAACUUUGUGAAAAAGUGAUCCUUUCACCACUUGUAAAACUUUCCAGAUGAAUGCUCACUCGCCGUUCCUAGGGAAGACCGAUAGACAUGAUACUUUAAAAAUACUACAAUAACACUGUCGCACAAAAUCGUUAUCAUGAAUGAUUUUCAGUUGGUCAUCAGUGUAUGCAAUUUAUGUCACUGUUACCAUAGUUUGACACCCAAUAGCCGAUGUAUUUUUUGUGCUGGGAUGUCGUUAAACAUUUAAUCUAUUCUAUUCUAUUCUAUUUAUGUCACUUUGGCUUACUCGUUUUUUACUUCAGUGAUGUCACUUUGAUCCCCAAUCCAUUAUUUUCAACUACCAAUACCAUCAUGUACAUUUUCUUAUGUGCAUAAUUAAUAUAGGUCAUUUGUUCCUCACAUUGUAAGUUUUAUUAUGGGUUACAUAACCAACAUUUUACACUUCAUUUGAAAAAGUUAACACUUAAAAAGUAAAUGUGAUUUCAUGAUUGAUUUGUGGCAUUUGGACUGUUAUUUCAGUUUUCAUUAAGACUAAUUGGAUUCAUAUUCAAAAGUCAUUUUUACCAUUUAGACUACUCAUUUCAUGUUCAUUAAGGCAUUUUGACACCUUUUAAUUAAACAAAUAUGAAAAUUGUUUUAUUUUUCUUUUAAAAAUAAUAAAUUUCAUGUUAUCCACUAUAUAUAAUAUUUUUAUCACACAAGCAUACAUGUCAUGUAUUUCAGUUUUCAUUUAAACCAGUUAUCCACUUACAAACAAGCUUCACUUUGUGGUCUUGAAAAGGAAGCUCAUCACACACAAAAUGUUGAAAACCUUAAUGUUUAAGAUAGUCUGUUUAUUAAUAACAAAAAUAGUUGUUUAUUAAUCAAAACCAGAUAUAUAGAGAAACAGUUAAAAUGUAUUAGUAUUUGUACACUAUAAGACUAAGUAUAUUUGAGAGUUUCUGUGUUUAUAUUAUGUAAUAAUGGUAUUUUCCGUGUUUUUUGUUUAUGUGUUGUAGUAAUAGGUCAUCACAAUGCAAAUACAAUUUACAGGAAUUUUCCAGAAACAUGCAACAAGCAAAACAUUUUAAAAUGAAUGGGUAUAAUUUUAAUUUGAACUUUAGUAUCCAGUUUUAGAUAUGGACAGCCUUUAAACAAAGUCAUUCAUAACUAGUAUAUGUUUAAUGCAUAAACACAUUUAAAUUACUUUAAUCCUCUCUAAAUACAGUUGCAUGUAUGUGUUAAUUGAACUUUUUAUUUACAUUUUGGUUUAAAAAUGCAUGCAGGUGUUUGAUAAUAAGGCAUAUAAACAAGCAUGUUUUGCAGUUAGUCUAAAUUUUGUAAGAUAUAAAAUGUUAUAUAAUGUGUGUGGGAAUAGUGACCUGGAGGGAGGGUGUCCAUGAUAUUUUAAAUUUACAAUAAUUAAUAUAAUUAUAAACAGACUUAAAAUGUACCAGAUUUCUCCAAGUUGUAAGAAUUUAUGACUGACUGAGAGCAUACAUGUGCCUGCCAAACACACACCACCCCACUCUACUUCACCCUCACCCAGAACAUUUGUAGUUGUCUGUUACCAAUACCAGUAUUGAUUUAUGCCCUCUACCUGCAUUUAUGGGAAAUUAAUAAAUAUAAAUAGGAUUUGUGAAAUAUUAUUUUUAUGUUGAUUUACAUGUACCAUGUACUUGGACUUUAAAACUCACACACAAAACCCUUUAUUAAAACAAUUAUUUGUAUGACUUGAUAAUUGAUAAAUAUAUAUAUAUUAAUACUAUUUUUGCUUAUAAAUUAUUAUCAUUCCAUUCUAUAAGAGUCAACAUUACACAUGCUAUUAAUUAUGCCAAAUGUCAGUCUGUUGUAUGACCUUUAGAAUAAUGGCUUAAUUUUGUUUAUCAGUUUAAACGAAAAAUCCGUUUGGUUUUCACCUUCAUUGUAAUUCCAGUAAUUCUUUAAUAACUGCCGGUAUGUCAUAGUUUUAUCAGUUUGAAAAUCAUGCAAUAUGAAGUGGUAACAUGCAUUUUCUAGCUGUUGAUUGAAUAUGAAAAAAAAAAGAGAAACAUUUCUACUAUAAGUACUGAUAUAAGAACAGAAUUCAUAGUAUACUAGUGAACUGUGAACAAAGAUUUUAUAUUUACGGUAAUAAAUUCUUUUAAACACUGAUUUUCAUUUAAAUCUUUAAACAUUGGUUGUAGAAUUGGCUUAAGAUUUUCAAAUUGGUUUUGGGCAGUGCACAUUUGAAGGUUUGGCUAUGGAAAUGUGUGCUUUUAAGCAUGUCUGUUUUAUUAUUGACAAUAUUGUUAUUAUGUUUGGGGGAAAGUAUGAAAAAUUAUUGUACAAAAUGUUGUUUGAUUUUUUUUUAUUUUUUCAUCUUAUUUACUUUACAGUUUAACUCACAACACAACUUUAGAGUCAUUGGUUUAAUUUUAAUCAUGAACAACUGGGCAAAUCGUUUAAGAAUAUUUAGUUUAUCAAAUCAGUAUUGUAAACAACGAUACCUACAAGUACAUAUAUAUAUAUAUAGGACUACUUAUAGGACUACUUAAAUGUUACUCAUAUCAGUAAGGUAUCUUGUAAUAAAAUAGGCCCUUAUUCAGAAGUGUGGGGGGGGGGGGGGGGGGGGGCAUCCAUGUGCUUUCCAUUAUUUUUAUUGGGCCUACUCUUUUGUUCAUCUUUAAAGUAAAAUUAUUAGGUAAAUAUGAUAAUCAGUUUAAAAAUAUAUCUUAUAUUUUAAAAUAUGGUGUACAUUGUCCAUGAUCUUUUUUACUCCAGUUAUUUUUUUGUAAAAAGGGAUCAUGCAUCAAUUAUCUAAUGCUCGAGAGGGGUGUGUAGGAUAUGGGAGGUGUCAUGAAAAGCAUUACAAAAUGUUAUAGUGGGAAGGAAGGUCAGGUUUGUCGAGUUACAUAAUAUCGCAGUUUUAUUUAAUAAUGUAAAAUGCAGCCCUCAUGGUAAUUAUGUUCCUUAACAGAUGGUUUUUAUUUUAUUUUAUAUCAAUCCUUAUUAUAUUACCAAAGAAAUCAAAUUGAAAAUAUCAGCAGAAAAUCCAAUAAUGUUAUUGCAUAAUUUUAGAGGGAAUGUGGGGUGGGGUGGAUAGGUGGGGGAUGGAGGCCUGGUUUUAGCUGAAACCCAAAAUGUGUUUGACAAAUUUCAUCAGAUUAUCUGUUUCAAUUGGCCAAACAGUGACAAAUAACACAAUUUUUUAGUGAGCUUUUUGGUGAAUUAGUAGUAAAACAAUCCCCAAAUUUAACUUUAAUUUGCUUUUUGCCAAUGUGACCUAACCGGAGGUAGUGGGUAAAAUGCCUGACUUUGCAUUACCUAAAUGAUACAUGUAAACAUAGAUAACCUUAUCAUUACAUCAUUAAGUGCUGUAUUUUUCUUAUCUGCUUUUGCAUAAUCAUAGUAGCUUUAAUAUUCUUUCACAAAUUAUAAGAGAAUGGGCCAGUAUCAAAUGUAGGGAUUAUUUUGAAGGAGGAUUUGAACAGAAAAAUAAGUAAACACUUUUAAAUAGACCACCCGUCCAUUCAUACUCGCACACCUCCCCUUGCAUACACUGACUUUAAACAUUUUAAAAACUUUUAUGAAAAGUAUAUUUUUAAUGCCUGAAAUUGAAGAGUAGCAUUUAUUUUGCAUACUGUGUUAUUAACAACUACUAAUGAGGUAAUAAUUGUUGUUGAUCAUUUGGACGAAAAUAGCCAUUUUGCAUUUCUGUGGUAUUUUAGCCUCUUUGUUUUGCAGUGUUUUCAUGUUUUGGUUUUAUAUUUCACUUCGAAGGUUUUCCAUCAAAGCUAGUUACUUGUGUUCCGUGUGACCAGUAGUUGAUUUUAUUUCAUUAUUAUUUUUAAUUUGGCAUGGCCUAACAUAGUGAUUUUUCAGGAAUGACCAUUUUAUUGCCAUAGUGUUAGUAGUAGUAGCAGAAUGGUUUGCAAAGUAAUCUGUGUGGAUCAUAUUAUACAAAAUGUAUUAUAUUUUAAUCCUCGACAUGUCAUGUUGUUUGUUUUAUUUAGUUUGUGACACUUGUUUUGUUGUUGAAGAAGUGAUGGAUGAAGUAUGUGUAUUUAUUAUGAUUGUUCUGUGCGCUCACAACAAGUGAUAGCGAUAUAGUACUCCUCCAAAGAUGGACUGGUGUUGGAAUCUUAGUGUCAGGGGCAAAUCCUGAGAGGUGUUGGGGGGAGCCAUACCCAACCAUCCCACCUGCCGGCAGUGCCUCGUACAAAAGGUCCUCAAAUUAUUUUUAAGCAUCUAAAUUUAAACAAAAUUAAAUAAGAUUGAAGAUGCCUUUGGACUCAGAAAAUUCAACGUUUGAUCUUAUACUUGUGUAUCUAUGAUGUUUGUGUAUUUUAUAUCUUACAAUGUUUGUUAAAGUUUUGAAAACCACGCUGUUUCAGUAUGGUGUGACAUUAAAAGUAUCCUAUAGAAGAAUGAAGUCCUUGUCUUUUGUGAAGUGAUUUUAUGACAAUUAAAAUGUUUCUUGUAAAAAUUAUGCAUAACUAUUAAGCCUUUUACAUAGAUGUGUUAAAAGUAUGUGACUCGACCAUUUAAAAAAACACCAUAAUUUGCUCUUUUUUUUUUUUGUGACUACAGGUUAAACACACAUCAAUGCGAAACCUCUGUUUACAUUUAAUUUCAAUACAAACGAAUUACGGUUGAUUAGCAUGAUUAUUUGUUUUGUUUAUUUGUCCUUCAGUGAAUGUCAGCGAGGCUUAUAUAUUAAUUGCCAUGCAACAUAACCCAAUUAAAAUGUAUAUAGUACCAUAUAUUCAUUGUCUACGAGUAAACCAAGAAGUUAUACUGGCAAUAUUUUUAGUGUAUUUCCAAGGGAUGUCUUUUCAUGUUUCAAGUAACAUAUACAUGUAGGUGCUUUACUCCUAUUCCAAUACUGUUUUUGUUUGAAAUGCACCAAGGGAUGUAUGACUGAUACUUAAUUUGUAGUAUAAAAGUUCUAAGUUAAAUAUGGAAUUGCAAUUGUAGCCAGAGUUUAAAAUGAAAUUGGUAACAGAUUUAUGGAAAACAAGUGAUUUAUAAUAAAUAAUUAUUUUAAAAUAUUACAUGAAAGUAAUAUGUGGUAUAUGUUUGGGAUAAUAUGUACACGUUUUGUUGGGAAGUACAAUCGAGAAUUGAAUUUACUGGGAAAUAUUAAUGUGUGGUAAAGUGUAAAACUUGUAGAUAAGCACGCUUCCACACAUUUGACUGCAUUCCUCGUGUUUUAGCCUCGUUUCUAGAAGGUAUUAUUUUAAAAGAAAGUAUUGCCAUUCGCGUAUUUGGACACAACUGCUUGCUGUUUUGGUUGUGUAUUUUUAUACAAAGAUGAUAAAUGUCCGUGUGUGCUCAACAACACUGUAUCAUAUUACAGCUGCCUGGUCAUCUGUUUUUAACUAAUAAAUGUGUUCUAUACCAUGUUGAACAAUAAAGUUUCAUUUCAUCA